AGUAAACGUUAAACUUCAAGCUUCAACAUGGCCCAAAAAUUCUGGACCUUGUGACUACUCUAAUAUACCCAAUAAUAAAUAAUGGACCUGAGAUUAAUAUGACAAGAAGCACUUUUUUACAGGUAACAUUAUUUUUAAUCUGUGCCACUUUAAAGUUGUGUAUUUUGUGUAGGGGUAAACUUUAUUCCUUCCAUUUUUCUAAUGUGUUGUGUUGUGUAUUUUGUUUUGCAAAAUGUGAUCCCCGUUAUUUUACAUUUAAAUUAGCUUACUUAGUUGGGUAUGUGUCAAGUUGAUAAGAGAAGAUGGUGGAGUAAAAUAACUAUGUGGCCCGUGAAGUCAUCAUUAUAUAAAGAUGUUGUCAGCUUACGCCAGGUUUAUCGUCCGCCACUCCUACCUUACUCUCUUCACUGUAACUGCGAUCUCAUCCAUCCUUACUGUGAUCCCACUGGUAUGCCAUGACUUACCAUCAUUUUCUGACCCCAUAGUGGGUUUUGAAACGCGAGGAACCACCUUAGCUCAUCGGUUUAUUGCAUGGGAGAACCUCAUCGAAGAAACAAGACCUUCUCGAAGUCUCGCAGUGAAUCCGAAAGAAAUUGAGGAUCAGAUUCGCAUGAACCAAACAUACUACAACAGAACACGGCAGGACAGACCGAGGUCAGGUCGCGCCCGUUCUAAGAAAAAAGGACGUGACAAAAAGAAAAAGGUACAUCACAACAACGACACAAAUUUUGAAAAGAAUUGGCCACUGGCAGAACCUAACAUAUCUAGUACCCAUGUCCAUUGGGGAUUUGGAAAAAACAAAACAUUUGAAGAUGAAAAUGCAGUCUUUCUAAAAGAUCACACAAGAAAACAAUGGGUAUCUAUUAAAGAAAUGCAGCGUAAACCCGAUAAACCCAUAACCCACAACUAUGCAUCGGGAACCUGUGGACCACCCAUAUCAGAUUAUGCUCAUUUAGUUAUAACUAAUACAGAUAACACAUCUUUAUUAACAUUUGAAAAUGUUGAAAGGAUGUGUAGACUGCAGUCCAUGCUGGUGGAGCUUGGAGAAGCAGAAUAUUACAAAAUGUGCCAAAGGGAUCUACAUUCUGAAGACGUCUGUUGCCCAGUGUGGAGUGUGCCAAACUACAUAGCUUUAAUGUCUGGCAAGACUACCUGUGAAAAUUUAAGUAGAGAUGAUGUAAGUAGUGCAGUUACUAUCUUGAAGAAGUGCGCUGGCUACUUCCAUAACUUCUCAUUGAUGGCCUCUUGUGACUUAGAUAGGUGUAAAGUUCCCAAGUAUUGUUCUCAGUAUGAUGCCAUAUAUAACUUGUUAUUUUAUCUCAUAGAUUCACAAGCAUUUACUCCAUCUGAUCUCUCACAGAGUUUUGUUAGGAAUGUCAUGUUGUUUUUACCCUUGCCAAGCAGUAGCACUGUGUUACCUUAUUAUGAAAUAUUGCAAAGUUCAAAUCUAUCUUAUGAGACACUUGUAAUACCUGCCAUGGAGUUUGGACUGAAAAAUGCACUUUUUGACUUAUGGGUAAUACAAGAUACUUGGUUGAUAGGUUUAGGAGGUCUCUUUGUAUUUAUGUGUGUGUGGGUCUAUACAAAAUCUAUAAUUCUUACUCUGCUGUUGUUUAUAGCUAUAACAUAUUCAAUUGGUAUAGCAUACUUCUUGUAUAUCUAUGUGUUCAAUUUGGAAUUUUUUCCCUUUAUGAAUUUAUUAGUAAUAGUUGUUGUGAUAGGUAUAGGGGCAGAUGAUGCAUUCCUUUAUGUCAAAGUUUGGAAAAUGGCGAGCAAACAACUCAUUCGCGAUAAUGUUGUUAGUCAGGAGAAUGGUUUAAGUGACAUAAAGAAUGUGUCCAGUGCAGGCGAAACUAUACUAAUACAAAUACUUGUGGAGACCAUGAAACACUCCAUAACAACUAUGGCCGUCACCACCUUGACAACAGCAGUAGCUUUCCUAGCCUCCUAUGUCAGUUACAUACCCGCUAUAAACUGCUUUAGUGUCUUCGCAGGUACAGCUGUUCUAGUCAACUUUCUUUUAAUGAUAAGUAUGUUGCCAGCGUCAGUAUUUAUUGUAGAUGUUAAAUUGUGUACAAAUCGAAGAAAGUUUUUAGAUGUAAUUCACAAAAAUAUUAAUGAAUUUUGGGAAGAUAUCAGAGUGAUGUUGAAUGUAUUUAUUAUAACAUGUGUCACAAGAUUGUACAUAAUGUUUGUUAUAGUGUUGGGUGCUAUUGGUAUUGGCAGCCUUGUCGUAGUCUUCUAUUACCCUGGCCUUCAAUUGCCAGACUUAAAACAGUUCCAACUUUUCCAGACUUCCCAUCCUUUUGAACAGUAUGAUAUGGUGUACAGUAGCAAGUUCUUAUUUGAGAGAUUCGGAAAGGAUAUCGGUACAGGCAGUAAGAUGCCUCUCAGAUGGAUUUGGGGAGUUAAAGCUAUAGAUAAUGGAAAUCACAUGGACCCUGCUUCUAAGGGUCAUAUAGAAUUUGAUGGUAGCUUUUCAGUAUCGGACCCUGAUUCUCAAAAGUGGUUGGCUGGAUUUUGUAAUAGAAUUAAAAAACAGCCAUUUUUCCAACCAACUUUAGGCCCUUUACUCCCAAACUGUUUCAUUGAGAGCUUCAAAAUGUAUAUGAGCAGACGCUGCAUUGACCAUAUUGACAAAAUUAAUAGAACACCUUGCUGUGAGACAUCAGUGUUUCCUUAUAAAAAAGAAGUGUUUGAAUUCUGUAUUAUAAAGGCUAUGGAGUCCUUGUACCAGACUCCUCGCGAAUUGUUUAUGCCUGGUGUGGCCGGCCCAAAAUUUCUUAGAAGUGCCAAUCCAACUGUCUCAGCAAUUGUAGUCGAAUUUGAGAGUGUUGUGCCCUACUCUAUGUCAUAUACUGAAAUGGAUUAUUUUUAUAGCCAAGUAGAAAAUUGGACGCAACAUGAAUUGAAAUAUGCACCACCGGGAAUGCAAAGUGGUUGGUUUUUGUCUGACUUACAAUUUUAUGAUCUACAAAAAACAUUAGCUAGCGGAACUGUGAUUGCCCUUAUACUGUCAGCUACAUUAGGUUUUAUAGUACUUGUACCGGCAACAUUAAGCCUCGUGAUUAGCUCAUGUGCUUUAGUGGCCAUGAUAUUUUCCGCAACUAUAACUAUAGCUAUCUUAGUAUUAAAUGGUUGGAAGCUCAAUGUUUUAGAAAGUGUAGCAAUAUCUACUUCGGCAGGGUUAGCUGUGGAUUUUAAUCUUCACUAUGCCCUUUCUUAUGCUAAUGCUAAUGGAGCAAAGUCUGCGAGAGUCAAAUGUGCAUUGUCGUCGUCUUCUGGUCCAACUGCGGCUGCCGCGUUGACGACUGGGUUCGCAGGAAUAUUUUUAUUGCGCUCAAAUCUCCUGCCUUAUUCGCAGAUAGGGUCUUUUCUAGCUCUGAUAAUGGUAGUCAGUUGGAGUUAUGCAACAUUCUUUUUGUGUUCUCUUCUCCAAUUAGUUGGACGUAACUCUGUGAAAGAAUCUCCUACAGAGGAAAGAAAAUCGGUAUCGCGAGUAAGUUCUGUUUGCUCAGGUGUUCCCAAUUUAGAGAGCCACGAGCUGGAGCACCUGGCAGACAGCAGUCGUACGAAUCUCACGCACUCCCGCAGUCCCUCUAAUGCUAGCGCCACUACCGUUGUUUUACACGAUGACUACGAUAAUUCUCACAAUAAAAUUGUUAAGAAGUCUAGUGAUACGAGUAAUAAUAAAUUCUCCGAAAACGACUGAAUGUUAGAACUAAUUCGUAAGUAGCUAAGUAAGCCAUAUUUUGAAGUAUUUUUGUGACAAACCAGUAUUAUUUUUUAACGUUUUUAUUUUUGUUAUACGCUGUUUUCUCUGAUUUACUAUUGUAGUUUGGUCUUUGUAAAUACUCGUGACUUGUAUUAAAUCAAUUUAUAGGAAUGAUCGAUGUGACAAUAAUUAUCACAUAAAUAUUCACAUGGGACAAUAUAAGAUCUUAACGAGCUUAGCUUGCAUUUUGAGUUAAGUACCGUAAAUGUGUUACUUAUUCUGAUCUCACGUGUGAAUUAAAUACUACUAAUUUUAUUAUGUAUUGCUAUAAUUAUUAUACAUAGGAUCAUGAUCUGAUGUACUUAAUGUUAGACUUUACAAUUCUAUACAUGUUUAACUAUUUAAAUGUUACUUUGCACUGUUAUUUCAUUGAUGUAUUCUUGUUCUAAGCAUAUAAGUAUUAAUGUCAAUUCACAUUCACGAUGAAAUUGUUAAAAUUAACUUUAAAUUAAAUUCUGUAUGUAUAUUAUCAUAUUAAAAAUAUGUAUGAUGUGCAGCUGUUAAACGAUAAUUAUGGGAUCAGGGCGAAAAUAUUUAAAAAUAGGCCCUGUGUUCUAUUUCGAACUACUUAAUUUACCAAAAUAAAAAUAUAUGUAUUGUAAUAUUGAACGUCACAAAGAAGCGGGAAAAUUUUGCACAGUUGGGAUUUAGGCAUUUACAUAUUUUUUUAUUUGAAAUCUCACCGCGUGACAUCCCGCUUCGUGUGAAUCAUGUUUGUAUAUAAAGGAUACUGCCAUGCACACUACAAUCCUACAUUUAUCAUAAAAAAAAUUCUCAAAGCUUAUUCUCUCAAAAUACAAAGUGUAAAAGUGAGUACAAAUGAAGCUAAUGAAGGUAGCUGUUAGGUAUAAGUACUUGCUUUUGAUUUUCAAAACAGCCUUUUAACAAAUUGGCCUAUUUGUUGUACUCCACUCCUAAAAGUAGUGUGGCCGUAUCCUUAGUAAUUCUCACAUCAAUGUAUGUAUUUAAAUGUCGUAAGUGUGAAAACUUACGUUGUAUUUCGUGAAGUACUUAUUUUACAAUGCCUAGAGCGUUAAUCAUUAAGUAAACUCAAUUUACAUUAGGCUAAUUUAAGAAAAUGCCUACAUAUAAUACAUAGCACAAAGUUUAAAAAACAAAAUAAUGAAAUAUUUUUGUUACGAAAUUGUUACCAUUUGAUCAUAGAAUUUAACUAUGAUGCCUGUUAUUAAUAUCGAAUCAAAUAGCUAUACAGUUUGUAAAAAACGUAAGUUCUUUAGCAUAAUGAACUAAGAAAGUAUAAAUUUCGGUGUAUAAUACCUAAGACGUAAGAUUUUUUACUAAUCAGAUGUAUCGGAUGUUGACUAACUACUAAUACUCUUUAGUGUACCUAGAUAAUAGAUAAAUGGUCAGCUACACAAGGUAGCGUAACUUGAUAGUAUUAUGAUUGUGUAAGAAACGAAAUAAAAUGUUAAUUUUUAUAA